GGGGACUGUCCAUGUGGGUACUGUCCCUUUGGGACUGUCCCUCUGGGGACUGUCCAUGUGGGUACUGUCCCUUUGGGACUGUCCCCUCCCCGCAGCCCCUGCCCAGCCCUGUCUCAUGUCCCCCUGUGCUGUGUGCCUGUGCUGCCCCUCAGGGGAGGCCAUGGAGCAGGGCCUGCGGGACUGCUGCAGAUCCAUCCGCAUCGGCAAAAUCCUGAUCCAGAGCGACGAGGAGACGCAGCGAGCCAAGGUGUACUACGCCAAGUUCCCCCCUGACAUCUACAGGAGGAAAGUGCUGCUCAUGUACCCCAUCCUGAGUACUGGGAACACGGUGAUCGAGGCUGUCAAAGUGCUCGUGGAACACGGGGUCCAGCCCAGCGUCAUCAUUCUGCUCAGCCUCUUCUCCACACCCCAUGGUGAGUGGGAGGGGCAGGGAGUGAGCACAGCUCACUGCUGGGGACAGUGACAGCAGUCACACAUG